AUGUUUGGAGAGGCCGGCAAACAUCGUGUCUUCGCUCGUAAACCGGCCCAGGCGAGGGUCGGCGGCCAUUGUCCGUCUCAGAGCGGCCGGGACUUAAUUAAGCGCGCGAGAUUUAUGAGCGACUUGAGCAAGCACGGGUCGGCCCAUAUUGCGGUGCGGCUACAAUCGGCGCACUGGAUUUGUUUGGCCUUCGAUGCGUACGCCUUCUGGUGGUCGAGCGCUGUCGACGGC